AUGGCAUCAAACAUUACCAGUGCAACAUCAAAUUUGACACAAUCCGAUUCUAUUCCAUCAGAGGUGUGGGAUACGAGCGACGAUCUAGCGACAAUCGUAGAUUCUGCGGAGAGAAGAAGAGUGCAGAAUCGUCUCCACCAGAGGCUGUACCGUAGAAGAAGGCACCUCAGGCGGAUUGAGUCGGUGCAAGCUGCCAGAGCAAACAACGUGCCAGCAUCGGCAUUCCCUCGCCAUGAUGAGAACCACUUGAGCAGCCUCGAGUCGGAUUACGUCCUAUCUCAGCUUUUCAAUCUGCCCUUGGUCCACGCUAUUCGGGAGCCGCGGCUACGCCAGGCCACCAUGACGGCACUGCAAGCGGCGUUGGCAAGAUGGUCUCUCAACGCGCCGCACUUGAACGACCUCCCGACAAUUGCGCGCCUCAAUGUGUUUGAUGCCCUGGUUCGCAACUCCAUGGUAUUACAAAUCCCGGCCGAGUUUCUCGAGUCGGAUGAUGGCGUCUCACUCUUCAACGUGCACCAACCAUACUCAUCGGGUCCGUCGCCCAUUUACCCCAACGACCUAGCGCCAACGUCUUUGCAAAUGACCGUCCCACAUCACCCAUGGGUAGAUCUUCUUCCCAUCCCAGCACUGAGAGACAAUAUUCUUCGCUGCGUCGAGACUGGGGACUACGACGAAGAUUUCCUAUGCAAUGGUAUAUGUUGCGACAUGCUCACGACUGACUGGACUGGGACAGGACAGCUCAUCAUCUGGGGAGAGCCGUGGAACGCAAACAAUUGGGAAUUCAGUGAAGAGUUCUUUAGAAAUUGGGCUUUCCUACUGAAUGGAUGUAUGGAGACGCUAGAAACCACAAAUUAUUGGCGACAGAAGCGUGGCGAAAUGAGGCUAGAUUUUAUUCUGAAUCCAUAA